CCCGGUGGCAGUGGCGUCCACUAAAGGCCUGUCCCGUCGUCGCCAUCCCUGAUGCACGGACCACGAAGGGCUCCUCUGUGCCCACAGAUACGAGACCCCCCAGAGGCGGUAAGGUGGGGCUGGAGGAGAGACUUGCCCCGUCAUUGCUGACGCUUACUCCUGUCUAGAUCUGCCCAUGCCUCUCUCUGAGCACAGUUGGCUUCCCCUGCACCGUGCAGGGUACGGCAUGGCACUUCUUCCAAGACCCAAGAUGUUGUUGUCUAGCAAAUGUUCCUUCUAACAACACACCAUGAACCACCCAGCUAUUCCCUCCACAGCGCUGUUGACAGACUGAAUCAUGUCGUCCAAAAGGAACAGAUGGGCUCCGGGCUUCUCCUUCCUGCUGUUAUGUUCCUGUUGCAUGUCUUCAGCAAGGAAUGCAAAUGCGCUUCUGGAGCUGAGCCCCCAAGAGUAUUUCAGUAGCUUGCAACCCGGCAAAGCAUCUCUGGUUUAUUUUAGUCACAAUGUUUCUCCAGGUGUCCGUCCAUUCCUGGAACAGAUGGAGAGCUCUGUGCAACCUCUCCAGGACUACGGGAUUUCUGUUGUGAAGGUGAAUUGUCCCAAAGAAGAAGUAUCAAGAUAUUGUGGGAAGCAAAAUGCCUUACUGAAAGCGUAUCUGUUCAGAGGGAACAUAUUGCUCAGAGAAUUCCCUACGGAUGCCUUGUUCAACGUGAACGCUAUAGUAGCCAACGUCCUGUUUGCACUUCUCUUUAAUGAAGUUAAAUAUAUUGCGUCACCUGUGGAUCAUCAGAAUCUAGAAAAUUCCCUGAAGGGAAGACUGAAUGUCGUCUUUGCCUAUGUACCAGCGAUUGGAACAGCAGAGCACAGAGCAGUCAUGGAAGCGGCUUUUGUGUACGGUACUGCUCACCAGUUUAUUCUAACCACUGAAGUGUUGCUGCUGAAGAGUGUCAGCACUGAGGAUGCUGAUGGAUUAUCUGCUCAACUCUUCUUCUGCCACUGUAAGCGGGUCAUGGAUCCAACACAGCCAUGCAGAAGGACUCCUAUGGAGCAGCCACUGAGCACACUCAACAUCCACAAGUAUCUCAAGCUGAUGGAGGCACCUAUUGUGACUGAAGUUGCUGCGGAUCCUGAGAAGGUUUCAACAGUUCACUUGCAGCUUGGCCUACCCCUGGUGUUCAUCCUCAGUCAGAAAGAGACCUAUGAGGCUGACCGCAGAACUGCAGAAUUUGUUGCAUGGCAGCUGCUGGGGAGAGCGGGCGUUGCGCUUUUGGCAAGGGACUCCUUGGGUCUGAAUGUCCUUCUCCAGUCUAACGUUGCUCUGAAGACAGCAGAGGAGGGUGUGCCCAUCAAGUACCUGGUUUUGGAGGAUACCGAUGAAAUUAUUGCCCUCGUGGAAAAUAAGCUGAAACAAUUCCAGGAGUACGAGGAGGAAGAAGACGAGGAAGAAAAAGAGAAUAGUGAUAAAGAUGUGCAAGAUGACCAGGUGGUAGAGGCCAUUCACAGAGACCGGAAGAGAGAACUCCCUUUAGACCUCAUCCGAACCCUGACGGAGGAGACGUUUCACCCGGCCCUGACCGAGACUGGCCACACAGCGGUGCUGUUCUAUGCCAGCUGGGAAGCCGUGUCUCUAGCAACGCUGCAGUCCUAUGUGGAGGUGGCCAUGGAACUGAAAGGAACCUCAGGAGUUUCCCUUGCCAGGGUGAACUGCUGGGACUGGCCUGGUGUCUGUGCAAAGCAGAAUGUCACCCAAUUCCCUGUUGUAAAGAUCUAUGAGAAGGGCGAGAGACCACUGACCUACGGCGGCAUGCUAGGGACAGAAGAUCUGCUCAGGUUCAUCAUGCUGAGCAGAGUGUCCUGCCCUUUGAAGCUGGCGUCAGCCGCAGCUGUGGAAGGAUACUUAAGAGGGGAACUCCUCGCUGAGCUGUUGCCGUAUCACACCAUCUCUGUUUUGGGACUGUUUACGCCCAGCAUGAAAGAAGCCAGAGAAGCAUUUAUCGAAGCAGGAGCCAUCCUAAAAGGAUAUGUCACAACAGGAUUGUAUUAUGGAGAUGAUGCUUCGGUUCUAUCCAGUAAAUACAACGCGCCUCUCCCAGCACUGCUGUUUGCUCGUCAUGAAGAAUGCAGCAUAGACCCUGUCCUGCUCUCCAGACUGACACCACAGGAGAUUGCUCAGACCAUCAGAUACCAAUUACUGGAAACAUUCCCAGAAAUUACCGUGGAAAACCUGCCCGCGUACUGGAGCCUGGGACGUCCCUUACUCAUCCUGUUCAGUGACGGCGAUCUUGGCCCAUGGGACAGGAAUGAAAUGCUGCGUUUGGGGAGGGGAAGCGACCGCGAGGCAUUCCUCGCCUGCUGGCUUAACCUCCAGAGGACUCCAGUUGGCCGGGGGAUCCUGAAGGCCUACUUCAGCACCCUGCCUCCUUUGCCUCUUCUUGCCUGGGUGAACCUUCAUGCCGGGGGCGAGGUAUUUGCAUUCCCUCCAGACCAGCCCGUCACCCAGAGCAAUGUCUUGUCUUGGCUCGAGAAGUGCAGAGCAAGUCUUCAGCUUCCCAGCACCACCUUGUCUGAUGCACCCUGGACGCCGCCUCUGCCCGCGUACAAUUUUCUGCGCAUGAUAGAGUCCACACUGCCCGAGUUCACCCUGCACACCGCAUAUGGCCGAGGAGACCCGCCCGGGCCAUGGCAGGCGGAGGCUGCGGAAGAGAAGGCACCUGUCAGGGAGGAGCAGGCCGAGGAGCCAAGAGCAGAGGCAGAGGAGGGCCAGCCACCUGGGAGAGACCUGCGUGGGACAGUCCCGAGGCUGGUGGGGAGGGAGAGGCAGGUGAAGAGACAUGCUGAGCUGUGAGGGGUGGGAUCGGGGAGGCGCGGUGUGAGCGUUUCCUCCCAUGCCAGCCUGCCGUUGACUUCACUGGAGGGUGUCUGCAGAACCAGAGGGGACACAGCAUGGUUGGGGACAGCUGCGCUCAAGGGAGUGACCUGCCGUGGGCUCCUGUGUGAAGCUGGCCUGCAGGGUGCAGGGGGUGCUGUUCAGCGCCUCGGUGACAGCCGUUCCAGUCCAGCAAGCCUGCCAGCCCUCAGCCGUGGGGAUGGCCAGGGCACCAGCCCCUGGGAUCCCGGGGGGCAUUGCAUUUGUAACCCUGCCGGGGGGGCUGGACAGACAAAUGUCUAUCGCCAUGUCAGUGAUGCUCAACCAAGGUGCCACGAUCCUUUUGGGGGUUC